AUGAUCACCUUAGAAGUGUGCAACCGGGCUGUUGAAGAGAUCCUGUGUACCAGGUUUGAACAGGCAAAAGAAGAAUCCAGAUAUGAAAAAUCGACUACAAGAUUCUUCGAUGAACUAAAGGAACAUGGAGCACUUGAAGUCUUAACUCGUGAGUAUGGUGAUCUCCUGCUUUCUUCUCCGGAGCCCAAUCAAAGUGUAACUUUAUGCAUAGAUUUAGAAAGUCUACCAGAAGAUCAUAAUCAGCUAGCUCAUAAAUGUGGUCUUUUAAAACGAAAUUGUGUAGCAGCAGUGUUUGAGAAAUUUUUCGAGUUUCAAGCUAAAUCUGAUGUGCAUUCAGGUUCUAAACGGGCGAUUAUACAUUAUAGAGAAGAUGAAACAAUGUAUGUACAAGCAUUGGCUGAUCGUGUUACAGUUAUCUUUAGUACAGUGUUCAAAGAUCCAGAUGAUAUGUUAAUUGGCAAAUUAUUUAUGCAAGAAUUUACUGAGGCAAGAAGACGUCUUGACAGAGCACCUCAAGUAUUAUAUUCACAUCGGGUACCACCGAAUGAAUUACAGGGAACUGAUGCAGUUGUCAAUGACUCAGUAGCAUACAUCACCUUUGUACUUUUUCCACGUCAUUUGGCUACAGAAUCUGCGCGUAAUUCAACAAUCGACUUGAUACAAACACUACGCACUUAUUUACAUUAUCAUAUUAAAUGCUCUAAAGCUUAUAUUCAAAUGCGUAUGCGUGCUAAAACGGUAGAAUUUUUAAAAGUUCUUAAUCGUGCACAUAUUGAAUAUCCAUUGAAUCCUGUAAUUAAAACUUCAAAUCUUACUGAUGAAUUGAUGUCUACGCCUUCAUUGUCAGUGAAUAAAGCAAGCGGAGGAAUACAAAGUGAUAAUAUGAGUCGAACAAUGCGAACAGGUUAA